CACAUUUGUAAUACCCUUCUACUUUAUGAGGGCAUAAGCCCUAGUUUCACCUCCAUAAAAAAUAUCAAGUUCAAUAUAUAUAACAUAGAAUGGUUGGGUUGGGGAACAAAAGCAAGCAUCCUUUAAUCGCCUCUAGGAUGGUUUGCUCGUAAGGCCAAGUUGAAACUAUCAAAAUUUCAAAAUAAUCAAUCUUUGAGUUAUAUCCACAUUAAUCACCUCUAGAAUUACUCUAGCCCUAGGGCUUUCUGCUCUCCCAUGAGAGUAGUUUCCUCCGUAGCCUAUGGAAGCCAUUGUUAGGCGCUCCAAAAUGCUAUUUUCCGUCCUCUUCCUGCUGCCUCACCUCCCCUGUAAAUUCUGGCCUCCAACUUUCCUUCUACUUUCCAUUAGACUCUGUUUAAAGUUUUCCAUUCAAUCCAAUAAAACCCAAAAACAUUUCCUACAUCUUUUCUUCCCUAGUCAUCAGCCUAAAACUAUCAAACCAAUGUUCCAACUCUAGAUCUUAUUUCAUGGCAAUGCCAAGCUAUUCCCCUAAAUUAACAUCUCAAAACACCAAUUUAUGGGUCAGAUCAUUCUUUUCUUUGCACUUGGUUCAAGGAUACUCAGAAAAAAGGAUCAUAUUUCUCUAAAGCUUGUUACAUUUUGGAAAGAGCUUUUGAAAUUCAUUACAGCUUGGGUGGAUAGCAGUGUUUUUCAGGUGAAAUCUCCUCUUGAAACCCUUCUUGGAUUGCUUGGUUGUUGGGUAUUAGCAUUUAGAAUUAAUUUCUAAUCUUAUCGACGCAAUGGCAAGUAGUGUUCGAACCGUCACCAAUUUUGCAACAGGUGCAAAUGUUUGAUGAUAGUCAAGUCCCUCUACUUAGGUGAAUCCUUGUGCUACCAAUCUAGCUUUGUAAAAUUCCACUGUUCCAUUUGGUCUAUACUUGAUUUUGUAUACCCAUUUUGAGCCUAUGGCCUAUUUACCAAGAGGCGAAGAUUCUAGUGUCCAAGUGCUGUUCCGUUCAGGGGCCUGUAUCUUAAUCUUCAUUGCUUCUCUCCAUUUCUCAUUUCCAAUGGCCUGGGAAAAAGUCUUUGGCUCAUCCAUGGAUGUGAUGGCGGUAAGAUAAGCUUGAUGGUUAGGGGAAAAAGAUGCAUAGGACACAUGAUUGGACAGUGGAUAAAGAGUACCUGAGUUUAUUGAGUAGAAGGGGACCUGCUUAGGAUCAACUGAUGGUGGAAUAUUGCAAACAUUAUCAUCAAAGUGUUUGGGUGCAUGUUGCUCGUGAUGUGGCCGUGAUGGUGGAAGCACUUAGGGUAUAGACUCCGGUUCGGAUUCUGAAUGAUUUGUAGAAGAUGUGGGAUGGAUGUCAGUUUCAUGAGGAAUGACAACAUUCUCUAUCUUGUCGACAAUAAUUGUUUUGUCUUCUUGUAGGUUGUUGGUUCAGUUGAUGGAUAAGCAUGGGUCUUCAGAACCAUGUUCUAUGACAUUAGAGUUAGUAAAUGCUAAUUUUUCUU